CAGAGAGGAAAUUGGAAGCAAAAAUUGCAUGUGAUAAAAUAGAAUUAUUGCAAAAAAAAUAGUAAUAUCUCUUAAUAACUGAAGAUGAUGCCUUUAUCACUGUUAAGACGGACAUCCUUAUCACAAAUUGGAAGAUGGCAGUCUCAGAUGGUUUUUACUAGAUGCAUGGCGAGUUAUGGAUUUGGUGGAGGUUACAGAAGAAAAAAACCAUUACCUCAUAAUACUGUCGUUAAAUUUGUCCCACAACAAGAAGCCUGGAUUGUGGAAAGAUUUGGAAAAUUCCACAGAACGCUAACUCCUGGUUUAGCUAUUCUUAUUCCUAUUAUUGAUGAAAUCAAAUAUGUUCAAAGUUUAAAAGAGGCAGCGAUUGAAAUUCCAUCCCAGUCAGCCAUUACUCUUGACAAUGUCACACUGCAUCUUGAUGGUGUUUUAUAUUUGAGAGUUGUUGAUCCAUACAAGGCUUCAUAUGGAGUUGAAGAUCCAGAGUUUGCUGUGACUCAGUUAGCUCAAACAACAAUGAGAUCUGAACUAGGUCAAAUAAGUCUCGAUAAAGUGUUCCAAGAGAGAGAAACCUUGAAUCACAACAUUGUGGAGGCAAUAAAUUUUGCUGCUGAAGUAUGGGGAAUCAAAUGCCUUAGAUAUGAAAUCCGUGACAUUACAUUGCCAAAAACAGUGGUUGAGGCCAUGCAAAUGCAGGUUGAAGCUGAGAGAAAAAAGCGUGCUGCCAUAUUGAAGUCUGAAGGAGAAAGAGAGUCUGCCAUCAAUGUUGCAGAAGGAAAGAAACAGAGUCAGAUUUUAGCAUCAGAGGCUACUAAAAUGGAGCAGAUAAACAAAGCCGUUGGUGAGGCAGAAGCUAUAAUAGCAAAAGCAAAGGCAAGAGCAACUGGUAUUAAUAAAGUAGCUGAUGCUCUGGCUGCCCAGCGUGGAGAGAAAGCAGCAGGUCUCAAUGUCGCAGAGCUGUACGUAUCAGCCUUCAGUAAUCUAGCCAAAAGUACCAAUACAGUUGUACUACCAGCUAACGUGGGUGAUGCUUCAUCUAUGGUAGCUCAGGCCAUGGCCGUGUAUGCACAGGUAACCCGUAACCCACUAACUCCCAAGUCAGAACCACCUCAGGAUCCCACAGGAAGCCCACCAAAAUUGAGUACAGAACCAAGUGCUGCAGAAAGCAAGCCUUCCAGUCCUAAAAACGAAGACUCUAUUGAAGGGCACUGGAUUGCUCAAAGUAGUAGCAACAGAGAUUUACGUGAACCAAGCAGGAAUAGUAACAUGGUUGGAAUGCCUCACUUUACUGCUUCAAGUUCACCAACACGACCUUCUCAGUUCUAGACGAUUCUGCAACUAACCGCUGGUCGUGGGGUUCCUGUGUUAGUAAGGGACUGGAAAGUACUUUUUCGAAGUGAAAAAAGCUCGAAAUAACAUCGAUGCUUAUGCGGUUGGGUUACCUUUACUUCGUUACCAGUGAAAAUAGAAUCUGAUUCGUUAAAGUAAUACUAAAUUUCGACCAAUAAAUCAGCGCGUAAGUUAGAAAAUUUAGGAGUCCUUGGAUAUCUGAUAUUUUCCUGUAUGCCUCUAGAAUAUCUGCAUCACGCAAGCAAUAUGCUCAACUUUUUUAGGGUACUAACCUCGUUUUGGUGCUUAUGGAUACCAGUCUUGGUUUCUUUUCCAGAGAUAAAAAUAUAGUUGUUUUGGAAACAUUUUUAGCACACACAUCUACAUUGUCCAAGCCCAGUUUUCGUCACAUGACGAAAUCCUAGUUUGACCAGCUAACUAACGUCAUUAGAGUGCAUGCGAUGUAUUCGUAGCCUGCGUAGCUCGGCUCUAGGGGGGGAGGGGAGAGGGCCGCAGGCUAAUGUAUUCGUGAAAAAGUUAACUAACAAAAUUGUACAAAUUAGUUCAAAGUUUUGUAGGCCUACGGUUUACUGAGAUCUACUCAACCUACUAAUUUGUGCAAUUUGUAUUGUCACUAUUUUAGUUUAAAAGAUGAUACAUUGAAAACGAAAAUUACAUGAACUACAUAAAUCAUCGCUUGAAAUAAAUUGCGUAACAGAAA